UGGACUUCCCUUCAACAAGAACUAAGAGCAAUUUGACGUGGAUAUGGAAUCCCACCAUGACUUGUAUCAGGACAUUCUUGGACUUCCAUUGAGCAUCUUGAGUUAUUCUUCAUUGAACCCGCUCUUCCCAACUUCAGACAAGGUGUCUCUUCCAAAAAGGCAACCUGAAACUCCAAGGUUCUCUAUCCAUUUAGACACAAAGUAGCGAGGAGAUCGGGUACAAUAGGUUUAGUUGAAUGAAUCCUUCUUUCGGGUGAGCAAGUGCCACACACUGAGGACGCAGCUCCGGUGGGUUUUAUAGUCAAAGGUUUUAAGCAUGGACACGCAAGUUAUUUCAUACAUACUUCCUUUGUUCUGAUCUGGUGAUUCCUUAUCAGCGUUUCCUAAAUUUUCUACUCAAGAGAUGUAUUAUCUUUCAAGCUGCAUAAGUCAACAGGUCCUGGUGACAUCAAUUUCACCUUUAUAUUUUUCUAUAAACAGGGAUUCAUUUUAGAAAAACUUGGCAUCCAGAAUAAGGAUAGAUUUUUGGAUAGGGCCGCUAGCCUAAUGCUAUCCAAGAGGAGCUCAACACUGACAAUCAAGGACUUUGUUUUUGAUGGCGUUCCGGUCAGAGUGUAUUGGCCCAAAACGACUCCUUCUGGGAUGAGAAGAGGAGUGGUUGUCAUUCCUGCAGGUGGUGCCAUUGUCGGAAAUAUAUGGAUGGGAGACUCAUUAUGCCGCUACAUUUCCCAGGAGACUGAUUCCGUCACUGUGAACAUUGCGUUUCGUUUGGCGCCAGAGCAUCCCUUCCCGAUCCCAGUCAUGGAUUGCUGCACGGCUACCGCACACUUCUUGAAAAAUGCUGCGGAAUUCGGAGUGGACCCGAAUCGCAUAGCUCUCUACGGAGAAUGUAGCGGAGGGACAUUUGCUACCGUCGUUUGUCAACAGUUGGCGGCCAGGACGGAUCUCCCAAAGCCUUGUGCUCAGGUCUUAAUCUAUCCCUAUUUCCAGGCUGUCGAUUUCAACUUGCCUUCAUAUCAGCAGAACCAGAGAGUCCCCAUAUUGUUCAAGAAAAGGGCCUUGAAGAUGGGCAUGAUGUAUCUGACGGGGAAGAAGUUCAACGUGGAAGGUGUCAUGAGGAACGCUCACCUACCCAAACACGUCUGGAUGAAAUACAAGAAGUGGGUCAGUCCCGACCUCAUCCCGGAAAAAUUCAAGGGCCAGGGUUACGUGCCCAUGGAGUGGCCUCAGUUUAUCCCAGAACUUUACGAACAAUGCAAAGAAUCAACCAACCCCAUGUUUUCCCCGCUGUUAGCAGAGGAUGACAUGAUCCGACAGCUCCCCAAGACUUUCAUUCUGACCUGCGAGUACGAUGUUUUCCGAGACGACGGGCUCUUGUACAAGAAGCGACUGGAGGACAACGGAGUCCCAGUGACGUGGUAUCAUGUCGAGGACGGAUUCCACGGCUUUCACAAUCCAUUCCUGGAAUUCCCAACUCUGCAAAUCCAUUUCCGACGUGUAACUGAUUUCAUUAACAGAAUAUAAGACACAUCUUCUAUUUUUGCUUUCUGUGAGUUUUUCGGGCUGUAGGGUCACGUUCCAGAAAAAUUCUCUCCUUUGUUGCUUUCCCAAAUGCUAAGUUCCACUUUAGAUAGAUGGAGCAAGUAGACUGAUUGCCUCAAUUACAGUAGAUAUAUAUACUAUAAAUCUAUACACACUUCCUCUCUCCUGUGUGACUCAGUGUAUCUGCUUAUGUUGCAUGUGAUACACCCUGCAAGAUCAAAUACUCAGCCCAAACCCUGUGGGGACAACGAUCAAGAAGAAGGAGGUCAACCUUAUAGGGACAGGCUUUCAGAGGAAGGAGAUAAAUCCCAUGAGGAUAAGCAUCAAGGAGAUGGAGAAGGCAGCUUAGUGAGUAGGAAGACAUACUCUUGUACUCGUGUAUCUAUUAACUAGUGGAAAACUAGUCAAGUCAAUAGAUUUGCUAUGACAGCUCUUUCUUGACUAUUGAUCAAUAUGUCUACCUUAUAUGUCAUAUCUUCCCGAGCGCACUUUAUUUGGUAUUGCACAGGAACACACAAAUCCUGUCAGGUGGAAAAUCAACACGACACAACAUCUCUCCUUCUUCUUCCACAACAAUAUUGUACAAUUGUUUCCCCCCGAAUGACUCGCUUUGAGUGGCGAGACGGGUUCAUGUUUGUUUGCAACAGGUGGGC